AUGAUGGAGGGCAAUCAACUUCCCAUCCGCCCCGAGGCGCACGCCUGGUGGGAUUUUCAGGACACCGUCAACCUGCUGGUUCUGCGCACACUCAACGCUUUGCCCGUGGAUAUGAGCGCCUUCUUCGACUUUCCUGGCGAGGAGCGGGCUUGGACUGAGCUUCGCGGCCUCCCCAUGAUUCGUGACACCUUCUUCAGCUAUGCCCUCUUCUUCCUCACUGCCUGUGUGCUUUUGGCCGGAGCCUGGGUGCUGGCCUUUACCUUUUGCAAUCUCGUCUGGCCUCAGUUCCGUGCUGUCCAGCCCGCCCACAAAAAGUGGUACGUUAUUGCCAACCUUUCCAAGGCCCUCAUCUUGGGUGGUCAAGCCUGCAGCCUGGCCUGGUGGUACUAUUCGUACCUGCACUACCGCUGCACGACCCGCUCGCUGAGUGACAUCCUGCCCGUCGACGACCUGGGCCCCUGUGACUUUGACGCCUACACCUAUCAAGAGACCUGGUCCAAGACCGUCUCAGCCACCUAUGUCAUCACCGACUUUUUGGCCCUCUUUAUUGUGCCCAAGCUGCCAAUGUCCACUGUCAUCCACCAUGUCUUCACAACCAUCUUCGUCACGCUUCUCUUUGCCUUACCACUGAGUGACUACCAAGUCGGCCAAAAACUGCUCAUGUAUGGCUUCUGGAGCACGUUGUCUUUCCCCGUCAACGCCUUCCUUGCGCUCCGCGUCGUCCAUCCGGACUCACGCCUACUCAAGUACUUUGCUCGCUUCAGCGCCGCUCUCUACGCCACCUGUUGUCUAUUUAACUGGUCCAUUCAUGCUUUAUGGCCCAUCGACGGCCUCUACCUCCAGCCGUCUUGGGGAUUGGUGGACGGGAUCGUCAAUCUGAUUUACCUCAUUCUCAUUGCCGGCCUUGUUCAAGAUGACCUCAAGCUCUUGCAAUGGCUUGUGGCCUUUGAGCCGUCUGCCUCGACACCCAAACACGACAGCACUUUGAUUCGCGACAAAAAGCGCGCGUAA